AAUGAUUUGAUACACAUAUUCAUUAUUAAAGGAGUGCGUCGCCAGGAUUUCCUGUCUGAGGCUUCAAGUGCAGGGAAAACUGAGGCAUACUGGCAUUAUUGUAUCAUUCCAUGCAUUGAAAGUUCUUUACUUGCCCUGACUUCAGGUUAUUUUACCCAGUGUUCGGGAGUGAGCUUUAAUGUGGGUCUGUCGUUUUUAAACAGAUGGCACAAGGCCAAGCAGCUGGUGGGGAAAAGCUGUCAAAAUGUUACGCGGUACCUUUACCAGCUAAUAACUUUUUUUCUGUUUCUUUUCCCCCGGUGUGGGACUCCCAGGAGCCUCUGCCUCAAUGGGUCCAGUCAUGCCGCCCAGCAAGAAGCCGGAGGGCUCAGGAAUCAGUGUUCCCAGCGGACUGAGCCAGCGGUACCAAGAUAGCGAUUUGUCAAAGGCACUUCACGAUGACGAGGACCUAGAUUUCUCUUUGCCUGCCAUCAGAUUAGAUAAAGGGGCCAUGGAAGAUGAAGAACUAACUAACUUGAACUGGUUACACGAGAGCAAGAACUUGCUGAAGAGCUUUGGGGACUCGGUGUUACGAAGCGUCAGCCCCGUUCAGGACAUUGGUGAUGACACGCCUCCGUCCCCCGCCCACUCGGACAUGCCCUACGAUGCCAAGCAGAACCCCAACUGCAAACCUCCUUACUCCUUUAGCUGCCUCAUAUUUAUGGCCAUCGAGGACUCGCCAACCAAAAGACUGCCCGUAAAGGAUAUAUACAACUGGAUUUUAGAACACUUUCCGUAUUUUGCAAACGCUCCCACUGGAUGGAAAAAUUCUGUGAGACAUAAUCUGUCCUUGAAUAAGUGUUUUAAGAAAGUGGACAAAGACAGAAGUCAGGUAAGUUUGCAACUGUGGAGACCUGUCUGUGAUAAAACUUACCGGCUUAUCCCAGAACGUAUUCAUAACUGUAAAAUGUGGAUUUCUUUUCAAUGUAUGGCAUUUUAUCAAAACUUUGCUCAUUCCGUGAAUGCAACAGACAGCAUCUGCUUUCCAUUUUGUUGCCUCGUAGUGGCAGACAAAGGACAAAGCACAUCAGGUCCACCCAUUUGGCCAGGAAGCACCUUUUUCAAGAGAAAUGGAGCUCUUCUACAAGAUCCUGACAUUGAUGCUGCCACUGCCAUGAUGCUUUUGAAUACUCCCCCUGAGAUACAAGCAGGUUUUCCUCCAGGAGUGAUACAGAAUGGAGCUCGAGUUCUGAGUAGAGGAAUAUUUCCUGGAGCCAGGCCAUUGCCAAUCAGCCCUAUAGGAAGCAUGGCUGUUGCAGUAAGGAAUGGGAUUACAAACUGCCGGAUGCGGACAGAAAGCGAACAGUCUUGUGGCUCUCCAGUUGUUAGCGGUGACCCGAAGGAGGAUCACAACUACAGCAGUGCCAAAUCUUCCAACCACAGGAGCACAUCACCUGCCAGUGACUCCGUUUCCUCUUCCUCUGCUGAUGACCAGUAUGAAUUUGCAACUAAAGGUAGCCAAGACAGCAGUGAAGGAAGUGAAGUUAGCUUCCAGAGCCAUGAGAGCCAUAGUGAAACAGAAGAGGAGGACAAAAAGCAAAAUCGGAAGGAGACCAAGGAUUCUUUAGCUGACAGUGGGUAUGCAUCCCAGCACAAGAAAAGGCAACAUUUAAUGAAGGCGAAAAAAGUACCAAGUGACACACUGCCUCUUAAAAAGAGACGUACUGAAAAGCCCCCUGAGAGUGACGAUGAGGAGAUGAAAGAAGCAGCGGGAUCUCUCCUGCAUUUAGCAGGAAUUCGAUCCUGUUUGAAUAACAUCACCAAUUGGACGGCAAAGGGGCAGAAAGAGCAAAAGGAAACCACAAAAAAUUAGAACAAAUCAAUGAUUUGUUUGAACUUACAAAGUUUUGUUUCAGCACGUCAGGUGAAUUCUAAUGAUUUGUGGCAAUAUCAGCAAUUUUUCCUUUUUUGUUUUUCUUUCUAUUUGAUUUUAUUUCUUUUCUUUUUUCUUUUUACUUUUUUUUUUUUUUGGUACCCUUAAGAUUUUUAUUUUUAAAGGAGAUUGAAGCCAUAGAACUCAUACUGACACUCAGCUAAUUUACAAAAGCUUUUCAUUACCCGAAGACAAAAAGUUAACAACAGAAAAAAGCCAAAAUCGCCAUUGCUUUCUCCGGCUUGUCAAAAAAUGCAUGGUUGAAUACGCAGUGACAUCAACAUUGUUGUGAUGGGAUAAGAUCGGGCACUUGGAAAUCUCUCUUACACUAGAAGAGAUUGCAUAAUUUAGUAGUCAUUCAGGCCUAACCCUUAAGAAUUUUUUUAACGGCCUUACAAUUGGGAUGUGAGUGAAUGUGAAGAAAGAGAUUUGGGGGGAAAGAGAAGGCGUGUACUUCUCACACCAAACCACAGACCAUCUAGUGGCACUUGGAUUCACCGUGCCAUAGAAGUCUUUGGACAGCCACUGGUGGCAACUGCGCAUACCGUAAUGCACUUCUAGUGCUUCGUGUACUAUAUGUGGCUAAUAGCGUGAAGACUGGUAACUUCUAAGUUUUGGGAAGUUUGAGCUGUGUAUGCAAUGAGUGAAAUAAUGAAAAGAAAUGGGGGGGGAGGGUGUGGCACUG